AAAUAUAACUUCAUCUUGGACAUCAGAAGAAGUGGAAUAUUCAUCCUGAUGGAUAGAUAGAAAGAUCACACACAGAGAUCCAUGAUGAGUUUAUAUAAUGGAUAAUUCCCAUGAAACACCCUCCAUUAAGGAGCUGGAAAAAAUACUGUUUGGAGGGAAGAGAAGUGGAAAUCAUGUGGAUGAAGUUUGGCCCAACCUGUUCUUGGGUGACAUGUCUGCAGCCAAUGAUCGGUUCAUUCUGUGGAAGCUGGGCAUUACUCACGUCUUAAACGCAGCCCAUGGAAAGAUGCAUUGCCAGGGCAGCCAUGAGUUUUACGGAUCAGCAGUCGAGUACUAUGGAGUCCCAGCAGACGAUUCACCAUCAUUCAACUUGUCUGUUUAUUUCCACCCUUGUGCUGAUUAUAUUCAAAAUGUUCUCAACCAUUCAGGGGCACGGAUUUUGGUUCAUUGUGCUGUAGGAGUGAGUCGCUCCGCUUCUCUGGUUCUGGCCUAUCUCAUGAUCCAUCAGCACUUAUCACUACUGGACGCUAUUAAAUCUAUCAAACAACAUCGAUGGAUUUUCCCAAAUCGAGGAUUUCUCAAACAACUACGGGCACUUGAUAUGACUCUGCGCUGUGUAAAGUGAUUUUAGGAGAAAAGAUAGCAUUCCAGUUUGAACCUGUGAUGAUACGAGACCUUUACAAGUUUGGGGAUUCUGUUCUCAUCAUGGAGGGGUCUGAAAUUGUCAUCGUAUGUGCAUGUCCACUGUGAGAGACAUAAUCUAAAAAAAAUCCAGAAAUCACAAUGUAUGAUUUUUUAAUUAUUUAUUUGUAUGAUACAGCUGCGAAUAAGUAUUUGAACACCUGAGAAAAUCAAUGUUAAUAUUUGGUAUAUUAGCCUUUGUUUAAGGUCAAACGUUUCCUGUAGUUUUUCAGCAGGUUUGCACACACUGCAGGAGGGAUUUUGGCCCAAUCCUCCACACAGAUCUUCUCUAGAUCAGUCAGGUU